ACAUAAUUUAAUUCCCUUCACUCUCCCCAAUUUCCACUGUCUCUUCGCCUUCCUCUUCUUCUUCGCUCUUCUGUCAACCUUCAACUCCCUCCCAACAGUCAAAAAGUCAAAGCCCAAACCACCGUCCGAUGACCACCUACGGCACGAUCCCGACCUCCUCCUCGUCUUCCCAAGGCCCCUCCGGCGAGUACAUCUCACGCGCCAAGGACCGCAUCAGGGCCGGCCUCGGCGCCCGCCGGCCAUGGAAGCUGAUGUUCAACUUCCGGUCCUUCAACUUCCCCUCCUCCUUCUCCGACGCCUUCGGGCGGGUCCGAUCGAACGUCGCCUACUUCCGGAUGAACUAUGCCAUCGUGGUGCUCCUGAUCCUGUUCCUCAGCCUGCUCUGGCACCCGAUCUCGCUCAUCGUCUUCGUCGUCAUGAUGGCCGCCUGGCUCUUCCUCUACUUCCUCCGCGACGAGCCGCUGUUGCUGUUCGGAAAAACGGUAGACGACCGCGUCGUUUUGAUCGUGCUGGCGGUGGUGACGAUCGUGCUGCUGUUCUUAACCCACGCGACGGUGAAUAUUCUGGUGGCGCUGCUGAUUGGGGUUGUGUUGGUGAUUGCGCACGCGGCGUUGAGGAAGAUGGAUGACUUGCCGGUGGACGAAGAGAACUCUGCGUUGUUGACUACGCCUGCAUCUUCCUCUGCUUAAAUACUCCAAUUCGAUUCUCUGUUUUCUUUUUCUUUUUCUUUUUUUGUAAUUUAUGGGUUUUGGUGAUCGAAGUUGUUGAUUGUAUCCGCCACUCUGCUGCUGCACCCAAUUUGUUGGUUUGUGAUGAAUCUAGUAUUUUUUUUUUUUUUUUUUUAUGGUGGAAAAUUGUUGUGCAUUUUUGUUCCCGAUUUUGUUUCCUACGUGCUCGUGUGUCUGUGUAAUCUGGUUCUGCCUUGUCAAAUGGUAUUUUUACUUGUCCUCGCUCAUGCUGAUGAACUAGCCGAUGAGCCGACCCUGGAGGAACCAGUCGUCAUAACUUGAGUGGCAUAGAUGUUUCUGCGGAGUUGAACAUGCUCAACUGCUCUUUUCUUAGAUUGGAGUUGAACACACUUUUCUAAGGAACUACUAAAAUUUUGUCUUUGCAUUUCAGGAUGCACUGCUCCAGAAACGGAUCAAGUAUAACUUGCAGGAUCCCGAUCUGCAUCAUUCUUUCAUUAUGUGGAGGGGAUCUUCUGAUUCCGGAGUCAUAUAUAUAUAUGUUUCAAGUGGAGUCGUGGUUUUGUUGACUCGUGUCAUUUGAUAAUUUUUGCUUCAGGAAUGCUCUCCGGUGGGGAAAGAAUACCGGUUCAGCUAAAACUAAAGCGUGCUGGUUCAGCAGUUUAUAACAGAGCAUCUUCACUGGAAGCAUUGGUUGGUUAUCUUUACCUGAAUGAUAUGGAACGUUUAGAAGUCAUGGUAAAGUUGGGAUUCUCAACAGAUUCUUCUGAGCAGUUAAUUUGAGAGGAGCCUGAGGAGGUAAACGGUACGUCAACACAAGCCGUUUCGUGCAUUCAUGCAGUAUACUUAUUUAUUUUUCUUGAUAGAUUGUAUUUGGCGGGGGAAAGGCUUUAUGUUAAUUUGUUUUCUCGUUGGUUUU